UCUUUGACUUCAACUUGGCGGUCUUUCUUGCAAGAAAGGUUAACACUAAGCUUAAAAGCCCCAGCAAUGGCGAUGAGAUCUGUCGUGAAGCGUGUUUCUUUGAAUCGUAUGAUGGAAGGAGUUCGCAAGGUUCCUCGUUACUUCAGUGAUGGCAAGGGUAGGGUCUUGAGCGAGGAAGAAAGAGCAGCUGAGAACGUCUACAUACAGAAAAUGGAGAGGGAGAAGAAGGAGAAAAUGAAGCUCAAGGCGGAGAAAGAAAAAGCAGCUUCAGACAAGGAGAAAUCGGAGAAGAAAACUGAAGAAGGCACCCACAAAGGCUGAUGCGCUUAUCUGUUCUCAUACUCACAUCUACUGUUGUAUCCUGGGUUCUUGCUUAC